AAACUUCCCUUUUAUGUUAAUGGUUAGUUGGUUAGUUUUUAUUAAUAGGAACCAUCCAACCCGUAAUUUUUCUCUUCUUUCUUUCUUAAUUACUCAACCACUCUUAUAUCUCAAAUUUCCAUUAUGUUUGAGAUGAGGGGAAAAUUAAGACCUGAUAUAAUCAUAUUCAUUAUAAGUGAGGCUUAUAGUAAGAAUGGAUGAGCAUAAUCACAUCCAUAUGCAUAUUCCCAUGCUUCUUACAUCCAUAGUUAUAUUGUUAACCACUUUGCCACAGUCCUACUGUGAUUUCGAUUAUUCUGUUUGUAAGGAGAGGCCAUACAACUGCGGGAACCUGUCCGACAUCUUCUAUCCUUUCUGGGGACAGAACCGACCUCUUCAAUGUGGCGGCGGUGGCCAAACAUUCGAACUCAAAUGCCAUGAUGACGAUAAUACUACAAUUCUAAUUGGCUCACAAAAUUUCACAGUGAAGGAGAUUAACACCAACGCUCAAACCAUGAGAGUGGUACAAACAGACCUUGUCCUCAAUUUUUGUUCUCCGCAAUUUGAGGACACUUACGUAAACUCCACUCAGUUCCGGUACUCCCCUUCAGUGUACAACAUCACCAUAUUCUACGAUUGUCUGCGCAUGACAGAUUUCCCUCAUGGUUUUGGACAGAACUUUACGUGCGGGGAUGUUUUGUCUUAUUUUGUAGUGGAAUAUGAUGAGGUGCUGUCAAAUGAAUUUCCGCGUUGCAAGCGACGUUCACACGUGCCGGCUGAGGCUCCUCUGGAUUAUACUGCUCCUGGUGCCGGAUAUAAUAAUUUGAUACAAGUUAUUGAUAGAGGGUUUGAGUUCAGGUAUGAUGUUUCUCAAGAUUGCACAAGAUGCCUGGGAAGUGAAGGAGAAUGCUGGAGCGAUUGUAAUGAUAUUGAUCAAAAUGUACUUUCAUGUUAUUAUUGUCCAGAUGGAUCUCAUGCCCUGCACUGUUCUCCUUCCAAAAGUGAACAUAAUAUAUCAAGGAAAAUCAUCAUCUUAUUAGGUGUUGCAAGUGUGGUAAUUGGGGGCUUCAUGAUAUGCAUCAUUAUUUGCUGUAGUAAAUAUUGGCCAACAGAUCAAGUAAAAUUUUGGUUGACGAUAAAAAGAAAUCGGGAUAUUGAAUCAUUCUUAGAAAACCAUGGAGCCUUAACUCUAAAAAGAUAUAAAUUCUCAGAUGUUAAGAAAAUGACUAACUCUUUCAAUAUUAAAUUGGGACAAGGUGGCUUUGGUAGUGUGUACAAAGGAGAACUUACUGGUUGUCCAGUGGCAGUGAAGUUAUUGAAUUCAUCCAAAGGACAUGGAGAAGAAUUUAUCAAUGAGGUUGCUAGCAUCAGCAAAACUUCUCAUGUUAAUGUUGUUACACUUCUUGGAUUCUGUUUGGAAGGCAGCAAGAAAGCUCUCAUCUAUGAAUUUAUGCAUAAUGGUUCCCUUGACAAGUUUAUUUACAGCAAGGGACUUGAAGCCACUCCAUCGUUGAGUUGGGAUAAUUUGUGGCAAAUUGUCUUAGGGAUAGCCAGAGGACUAGAGUACUUGCAUAGGGGUUGCAACACUCGAAUUUUACAUUUUGACAUAAAACCACAUAACAUUCUAUUGGAUGAGAAUCUAUGUCCCAAGAUAUCAGAUUUUGGGUUUGCAAAGCUUUGUCCCAGGAAAAAGAGCACUAUUUCCAUGUCAGAUGCUAGAGGAACAAUUGGGUAUGUAGCUCCUGAAGUGUGGAAUAGACAUUUUGGUGGAAUUUCACACAAAUCUGAUGUUUAUAGUUAUGGAAUGAUGUUGCUAGAAAUGGUAGGAGGGAGGAAAAAUAUUAAUGCUGAAGCAAGUCACACAAGUGAGAUAUUCUUCCCACACUGGGUAUAUAACAGGCUAGAGCAUGACAGUGACUUGAGGCCUGAUGGGGUGAUGGCCAUAGAAGAAAAUGAGGUAGCAAGGAGAAUGACUCUAGUCGGUUUAUGGUGCGUUCAAACGAUUCCAAAAGAUAGACCUACAAUGAGCAAAGUAAUAGAUAUGCUAGAAGGCAACAUAAAUUCCCUUGAAAUGCCCCCAAAGCCUAUGCUUUCUUCUCCCACUAGAUCAGUGCCAAAAUCUCCCAUUAGUUAAAGUUAUUUUCUUUGCAAUUUAUAUAGAUCUUGCAAGUUAUUUUGUA